CAGCGGGAUUGAUCCAAUGUAAAAAUCACAAACAAUCACAAAUAUUUGUGCACAUGUAAAUUAAAUCUAAACUUUUUCACGGCACAGCUCAGUCACAAAUUAAUUUUUGGAACACGAAAGUUGUUAAGGCGUGACCAGCAGUAAGAUGAAGAAGAAUUCUGUUACUGCUGCAAAGGUGGAGAAAAAAGCGACGACAUCGCUGAUUAUCUUGAAUAAGCAUGCGAGGGAUACCAGGCAUAACCAAACGGUUGGAACUACACGCUAUUUUCCAACGAAUACUUCGAGUAUCGACGCCCCUAAAAAUUCACUAUUCAACUUUAACUUUGGCGUUGGCCAUCAUAAACAACAAAAAGUCCUCAAAAGGGUUAAUUCUACAAUACCUCCACAAAGGCCGGAAAGGGUUAAUUCUACAAUAUCUCCACAAAGACGGGAAAGGGUUAGUUCUACACAAAGACCGAAAAGGGUUAGUUCUACAAUAAUACCUCCACAAAGACGGGAAAGGGUUAGUUCUACAAUAUCUCCACAAAGACCGAAAAGGGUUAGUUCUACAAUAAUACCUCCACAAAGACGGGAAAGGGUUAGUUCUACAAUUCCUCCACAAAGACCGGAAAGAGAACUUAGCGACUCAGAGGAAGAAAAACCUUCAAUCUGGCGACGACGACCACGUCAAAUUUCAUCAUCGUCGUCAUCAUCUUCAGAUGUAUGUGUGCCUCUUCUUCAUCACAAGUAUGAAAUAUCACCACCACAAAAUGUGAAAUCGGAAGAUGAUGAAAGUGAUGAAAUUAGUGAAAUUACCCCAUCCCCACCACAAAAUGUAAAGUCGGAAGAUGAUGAAAGUAAUGAAAUUAGUGAAAUUACCCCAUCCCCACCACAAAGUGUAAAGUCGGAAGCUGAUGAGAUUGAGGAAAUUGUCCCAUCCACACCCGAACCUAGUGAACAUAGUGAUACUGGUGUACCUAGUGCACAUACUGAUGUCGAAAAUGAUGAAGAGAAUGCAGAUAUGCAAUUCAGAAUCAAUGCUGACGAGGCUGCAUUUUUAGAAUUACGGAACUCUGCUGCCACCGGGAACAAUGUUGAAAUCAGAGCAUCCAUCGUCAACAAUUCUGUCGACAUUAAAGAACUAAGCGAUCCCUUACUGUUUCAAGAAUCUGAUCCAGGAGUUAUGGUUGCUUCGUUUGGUCUGUAUGAAAAUAGAGUUACUGGAUACAUUAACAUCGCUCCGAGAACAUUGAAACCGAUGAGUAUUUCUAAAAAUGUUCAAAUUAUCUGUUGGGUAUUGAAAGGCAGCGUGGUCGUACGAUCAACACAGUAUGAAGUCGUUGACGGAACUAAUUACCUCAUCGGAAAAUCUUUAACGACAGGUGCUUGCAUUGUUGUUCAACCAUAUACUCCGUACAUGAUGGAAAACAAUGACCCCCAUGAGGUAGCGGUUCUUGGAUAUGUCAUGAUCUCUCUUGAUGAAGGCAGUUAGGUUAUUUUUAAACGCUUUGUUACAAAGAUGUUAUUUUAUAUCAAAAUCAAAACGAGACUACUUUUUUAUUCGAAAUAACAAAUGUACCACAAUUAUUUGCCUUAUUAUUAGUAUUCUUUACAUAUACAUAUAUUGUAUUUAUGAGUGACACGAUGUUUUGUCAAUUGACAAUUACUUGUGUUAAGCAGCCUUAUGAUAGAUCGCUUUCUUUUUAUUCAUUGAAUAAAUUCAACGGUAUAACUUUAAAUCGAUAAACUGAA